UGGCUGCCGAGUGGCUUCACGGCGGGCCGCCGCAGCUCCUCUUUGCCGCGUCGGUACACCGUUGUUUUGGCCAUCAGCUGUGAGAACAAGUAAGACGUCAACAGUGACCCACAUCGCCUCGCCGUUAGUUACCAUGCACAAUGUCCUCGGGGAUGGAGUCCAUGAGGAAAAAGGUGUACCAUGCCGCCAAGGAGGGCAUGUCCAUAUCCCUGUACACCCUCCUGUCCGUCAAGUCACCCGAGGACUGCCAACACCUUCUGUCUCAGGUUGUUGAAGAGGAUGGACAGAAGUGCACUCCUCUCAUCAUCACGGCUCGCAAUGGUCAUGAGCGAGCUGUGCGUACCCUCCUCAAGUUUAGUCCAGACCUGGAACAGGAAGGGACUGUAAAGUUUGAUGGAUAUGUGAUAGAGGGGGCAAGUCCUCUCUGGUGUGCAGCUGGAGCUGGACACUUGGGAGUGGUGAAGAUGCUCGUGCGGGCUGGAGCCAACGUCAAUCAUCCUACCAAGACAAACUCCACCCCACUUCGAGCAGCAUGUUUUGACGGUCGCCUGGAUAUUGUCAAGUACCUCACUGACCAUGGUGCCAACAUCCACAUCACCAACAAAUACAAUAACACCUGCCUUAUGAUUGCUGCAUAUAAGGGCCACGUAGAUGUUGUGCAGUUCCUCCUUGAACUUGGUGCGAAUCCUGAUGAAAAGGCUCACUGUGGAGCCACAGCACUUCACUUCGCUGCUGAGUGUGGUCAUGUUAAGAUUGUGCGUGAACUGUUGGGUCACGGAGCAAAGAUAACACAGAACGAACAUGGAAUGACUCCGCUCAUUGCUGCAGCGGAGAGGACAAGGAGUGAUGUGGUGGAAUAUUUCAGAUCUAGACCUGAUGUCUCAAGACAAGAGAAGGUGGAUGCAUUAGAACUAUUAGGAGCGUCAUUUGCUAGUGAUAAAGACAAUUAUAAUAUUGAGUUGGCAUUCAAGUACAUGAUGAAAGGAAUGCAAGAAAGAUACUGUGAUCCAGACAUUAUUUUAAGUAAACCCCCAAGUAAUCCUGUGGCAGCAUAUGAAUCUCGCAUUGAGUGUAAGACAGUAGAGGAGUUGGAGAGCAUCAGACACAACUCUGGUGCACUGCACAUGGAAAGUCUGGCCAUCAGGGAACGAAUACUUGGCCCACAUAACCCUGAGGUUCCUCAUCCUGUGAUAUUCCGGGGAGCAGUGUUUGCCGACAAUGCAAGAUUUGAUCGGUGCCUGCAGCUGUGGGUCCAUGCCCUCAGACUGAAGCAGAUGAAUAAAGUGUGUGUUAUGAAGGACCUGCUUAGAUUUGCACAGGUGUUUUCCCAGAUGUUGCAUGUUGGAGUUCAAUUGGAAUUUGAAGUUGUUCAUGAAGUAUUAGGUGCUACUGUUCUGGAGCUCAAAAGAAAUAAGGACAAAAUUCUAUGUCCUGGGCCAAAGGAUGAUGUGGACAACAUCAAGGAGGAGAUGGAGAGCAACAUGAUCACUGCACUGUACCUGAUCAUGAUAGCUGUGUGUGUAGCCAAAGGUCGCAGCUCCUCAUCCCUGCCGGGAGUUAGUAUAAUCAAUUAUGAUCCUGGCAUGAACAAUGGUGUUGGUGCGUUAAAUAGAGGAAUGAGAGUGGUGGGUUUUGGCAUGAGGGGAGUGGAAAGAGGAGACACUGCCAGACAGUCACUUCAGCAGCUACAUCAAGAUGUAGAAAAAGAAUCUCAAAUUCAUCAUGCAGUAUACAGUCUCGUCCAGGUUGAUGCAAGAACUCGCACUGGCCAGACUCUCUUACACUUGGCAGUCAACCCAGAAACUCCAGUUGAUGAUUUUCAUACAAAUCAUAUAUGCAGAUUCCCUUGCGCUACAACAACGAAGCUUCUGAUAGCAUGUGGAGCAGAUGCCAACUGCAUGGACAACUAUCGGAAUACUCCUCUUCACCUCAUUGUCCCAUAUCAAAAAGCUGUCAGUGACUUCCUCACACUUCACAACAUUAUCAUGGCCCUCAUUGAAAGUGGUGCACACAUGGAUACCGUCAACCAGCUUGGAGCAACACCCUUUGAUUCAGCAACUACAGGUGUAGCUGAAAUUAUAUUGAGAACUCAGAAAAAGCUCAGUCUCAAGUGCUUAUCAGCAAAAGUGAUAAAGAAAAAUGGAAUCUCGUACAAAGGUCAGGUUCCUCGCCAUCUGGAGGCCUUCAUUGAGUUGCACGGACCAGGCCACGUGGACAUCCUAACCACCAGACCCUCCAAGAGUGACCACCGGCUAUGAGGCUUCUGCUCAAGGUCAUAAUUAGUAUUUGGUAUGCUCAUGUUGGUCUUGAAUAGUGCAGCUCCAUGUUUAAUAUCUACAAAAACUUAAGUUUUGAAAAAACUUGUUAGUGCUGUAGCUGAUUCCAGACUUUGGCAUUAUAUCAGUUGCCUCAGUUUGGAACACUACUUACAUUCAGAUAUUUCCAAGUAUAGGAAUUCAUGUUGUUAUUGUCCUUGAGUAAUGAAAAAUUAUUUUCUUUGAUCUUGCCAGAUGCUGUCAUAUUUUGAUUCUUUCAGGAGUGUUUCCUGUGAACAUAACUUCAAAAGGACAAUAACCAGUGCUGCAGAGAACAAAUUUUUCACUUGGUGAUAUUGUACGAAAUAAGUAUUUCAUAAAGUUCAGAAUAUAUUGUUUCUCUCUAAUACUGGUUAUUAUCUUGUUUUGUUUCAGCUUUUUCAGAUCUUUUUAUGCAUAUGUUAUGCAUAAAUUUUUAUGUAAUAAAUUGUGUGAUCAAGUACAGUUGUAUUGUUUGUGCACA